AUGACAGUGGAAUUAAUUUUGAGUGAAAGCUAUGGAGUUGAGGCAGUUGAAGAAAUAUGUCAUGGAAUUGAACAAAUUUCAACGAUUGCGAACGAUAUUUUCGCGAGAAUAUCAUCACGUUUGGCUGAAUUUAAUGGGAAUAUCUCAAGAGUUCAAUGUGAUAUUAAACGAAUCGCUGAAAAAGUAAAUGCUGUUCAAACGUUGAAGAAAGCAAUAAUAGUUCAUUCUCCUGCGAGAUUCCCUCCAAAUAAUUUCAAAUCGUCUGUUUUUUUGUUUGAUGAUUUAAAUAAAAUUUCUUGGAAAAACGAAAACGAGAAAUCUUCACAAAAGAUAAAAAAGAAAGUGCUUUACCGGUUAACAGAUAUAAAAACUACAGCUGCUCAUAAAGAUAAAUUUUUUUAUAUCAUUCGGAAGCGAAAUCUCGUUACUAAACAUGAAAAAAGGCCACCUAUUGAAAAGCUAUCUUCGGUUGCCAAUUUGUUCCUUUUCAAUACUUCUUUAAAUUUUUAUGCUAAUGAUGAAUUUACUGAUCCACUGGAUAAUAGUAAAUCACUGUUGCGCCAAAAACAGAAAGCAGAAUCGUCGGUGGUAAAGAAUGUAAAUGCAGAACACUCUAUGUUUGAUGUCAGUAUUGAAAGAGUUGAUGAUCCAUUGCAAUAUCGACCUGAAUUAGGCACAUUGCAAGAUUUUGAUUUUCCGGACAUUUUACCAAAUCUUUCUGGUAUUGUUACUGAUUUGUCGCUUAUUGGUUUUAACUUUGCUUCUAUCGCACCUUCAGCUAAAAAUUUUAUCAAAUUUGAAAAUGAAAAGGAAGCAAAUAUAAACUUGGAAAAAUCUGAGGCGCUGGAAAUUUCACAUGCAAAUACUGAAGUGGAAUUCGCAUCAGUUUCAUUUGUGGAAGCUAUUCCAUCUUCCGAGAAAAGUAGGGAAUACAUUCAUUCAUUGCAGGCUCCAUCUCGGACUUUGUCGGUUCAAAAUCCUUUGAUAUCAGUAAUUCAAACUCAGUCAGAUUCAACCUCUGCACUUUUACCUAGCGCGUCAGCACUAGAUCCAUCAUCGCCACAAUCACCACAACCACCACUUCCACCACCACCGCCACCGCCACCGCCACCUCCGAUGCCAGUCCCUGUAUUAGCAAACACCAAGAAGAACAGCAAUAACAUAUAUGAAGCGAAUAAUGACGAUGGGCGUGCUAGUUUAAUGGAAGCAAUAAGAAGAGCUGGUGGAACAAAAGGAGCAAAAUUACGAUCAGUCAGUCAAAAGGAUGAUAAUAAAGAAAAUGAGCAAUUAUCGGUUUUAGCUAAACCUAUUUGUUUAUCCGGUGGUGAUGAUUUAAUGUCAUCGCUAACAAAAGCUCUCGAAAUGAGAAGGAAAGUAAUAGCUGGUAGUGAACGCUCAAAUAUUGGAGUUGCUGCUUUGGCCCGUAUGAGCGCUUUAAUUCCACCGCCGCCGAAAGAUGAUGAUGAAGGGCAUAGUGAUGAUGGUAGUGAUAAUAACGACUGGAAUUAA